AUAGAGAAUUAAAAAUUACUUCUGUCAUAAAUGUAUCUAUUUAGUGUUGUAUGCUCUGAACCAGGUGACUCCUGCCUUCCAUGCUAGUGCCAGCAUUUACUAGAAUGCUGCAGCUAAACUGAUGCUUUGUGCUGUGCAUCACUUUCUGUGAUUUUAUUUGUGGAUGUGUGUAACUGCUGAGAUGAUUUGAUAUGAAAAUGUUAAUUGUAAAUUAAUAGGGUUGGUUACAGUUCUGUUUGGGGUAUAGAUGAUGAUCACUGGUAAAAUGAGGAUUUGUACUAACAGAAAUGUUAAAACAGUAAAUCCAGGUAGAAAGGAUGAGCUUUCUGUAUUGCCAAAAAGGCAAUUUCUUAUUUGUUUCUUGGAGGGUUUAAGAAAUGUCACAGUACUGUAGCAUAGAUUCAUAUAUUCCUAUAAAAGUACUUCAAAAGAAUUUAAAGGGAAACACUCUUAUGGAGGUGUUAAAUGGUAUCAAAAGCUCUUUAUGAAGUAAGAUCAUAAUGAACAUGUUGGAUUUUGCAAAUGUGGAUAAGCAUCGGAAUAUUUCAGUCAGUUGUGUUAGACUGCAAUUGUCAAAGCUCUCAUUUAGAGCCUUCCCCCCUCCAUAUAAUAUUUGGUGUUCAGAGGUUUUACUCUGUCAAAACAAUUGCAUUUACAUAGUGUCUCCAUUGGCUGAUUGUCAGCAGAUCUGUAACCCCAAAUUUGGGGUAGCCUACAUUAAUACUCAUCACUGAGCUGUUUGUUUUGGCUUGGACUGGGCGUUCAUUUCUGUGGGCAGAGCUCAGCGCGUUUGUCUGGUUCCCCUGGGCAUGAUCUCACACUCCAAGUAGGUGUUGGGAACUCAGGAGCCUUCUCUUUGCUGGUGGUGUGAGCUAAGGGCUUCUAAGCUUCCUGUUCAAGAAAAUGCAAUGAAAAGUAAGGAGCACAUGUUGAUGUUAGAAUCUGUGUAAGCACAGAAGCUGUAAAAGAGUCAGGUAUUACAGGAUUGAGCCCUUACACCCCAUCCAAGUUCUCUUUUCUAAGUGUGUUUAGCUGUGCAGCCAAAGCCUUGUGGCCUCACAGGCCGGUCAAGCCCUGCUACCUCCUCAGAGCAGUUCCUUCCUUUAAAAUACAGAUCCCAUCUCCUUACUACCUACCUGGAAACUCCCAUCCUACCUGCUCCUCCUCAGGCUGAGGGCUGCUCAGCCAGGAAGAUGUUUUCAGGAGAUGUCUCAGUGGGGAUGACCUGAGUAAUACUUAGUCAGUGACUUCACUGCCCAUCUGUCAGCUGUGUCAUUUGCUUUCCUGGUUUGUGCUUGCUGGAACACAACUCACUGUAUUCAAGACAUAAUAAAAGAGGAGUUUUAUAAUUGACUAAAGGCAUAUUUUUCUGCCAGCUUGUUUGUAAUUCAUGUCAUUGCUGUGACUCACUGAAUAUGCUGAUUUGUGUGCAAUGAAUUAAAGACAAAUGGCUGAACCAGUUGCUACCUCCACAUGCAUGUGCAACCCCCUUCAGGAGAGUGUUGCUUUCGCAGUGGGAGUGCCUGUGGCAACUGUCAUGUGGAGCAGCUCAUGUGCUGCCUUAAUUUCCAUUUUCCAACUGCUGAGCUAGGUUUAACUGGUGCAGAUGUUCAUAAUCCUUAGCAAGGACUGGCAUUUCAGGAACUCCUUUGUGCAUGGUUCAGCCAUAGCUGCUUCAUGGGACAGCUUCCAGGAGAAGGGUGGGACAGCUUGGCAUAGUAACAAAUUCCUCUAUCCAAAUAUGCCUGAAUUUGAGUCACCUCCAGCAGUUCAUGCUGCUUCAAAGGAAGGUAACAACAGUGUAUGUUGUGUCAUUUAGAAUUCUGUUCAGUAAGAAUUUAUCUGCCUUAUAAGCAUGUUGCUACUGUAAACAUGUAACUACAAACUUCCAAGACUUCAGGCACCCAAAGUGUUAAUACAAGUAAGUCACUGGAAUUUUCUUGGAAUUACUCUAAUGCAUCUAAAUCAGAUGUAUAUCAGAUGUACAUUUCAUUCCAUUGAACUUUGGUCCUUUGUGAAACCAUCUGAAAUAGAUGCUUAUGAGAUGUUUGCUUGCUGAUUAGUUUAAAUAAAUAAAUAAGUAAUAGGAAGAGAGAGGAAGAAGGGAAAAUGCAAUUCCAGAAAAUUGCCAGUGUCAGAAAAUACCCUUUUCCUUCCCCAUCUCUGGUACAAUAAUGAUAAUUUAAGUUUGAGGUAGUGGAUGCACUGGCAAAAGUAAUUUAUGAGGAGUCUGAUAAUUUCUGACUCGUAUUACAUGAGACUUCAUCAGUUAGAAUCUUAAAUUCUAGCCAGAAUUUGGUAAGUACCUUAGACAGACCUUGUAAGCCACAAGUUGAUAUCCUUUCAGUGAUAUGGGCUGCCUCUGUCACCAUGGCCACUCCUAAUGUGGUACCAAGGCUUUUCUAAAUAGAGUAAAAACUAGGAAAUAACAAACCCGUCAGAAUUGCUGUUAUAAUUUCUUUCACACACACAUCUGUAUAGUUCAACACUUUUGUUCUCUCUGUGAUUCCCAUGUGUAGCAAGCAAAGCUGUGAUCUCUGCUAAUUGUAUGGAAACAUGCCUUUUUUCAGUACAAUGUAAUGCAAUAUUCUUAUUUAUGAUGCUUUUGUAUUUCUUCUCCUCAAAUACUGCAUAAACUGUCCUCUUCUUUAAGAAGACCUAAGGGCUGAUACAGGGAUGUUCAUUGCUGCUGUGAGAAGUUGCUUUGUUCCUUCCUGUAAUUCCAUCCUGACUUGGCAAUGCAGGCUCAGAGUUAUCAUUUCAUUUGACCUGUAAAUCAAUCUGUGUAACAUGCAAAGUAACCACGAAUGCAAAGGAAAUGAGGAAAAAGUCAUUUGAAAAGCAUUUUAUGGGGCACAUUCCAAGGCUGUAUUUAUGUGUGUUUUAUUCCUUCCAUGAGGAAACAGUGAAAUAUGCAGAACUGUAACACAAAUACACAAAGAAACAGGAAAAAGGAAGGAUAGAGUGAGAAUAUUUAUGUAUGUUAAUGAAGAAUGGAGGGAUUUAAGAAGAACCUGAUCUCUUAGCUUUGCAGCGAGGAAUAAGGAUCUGCAUCUUCUUUUCCCUUCUAGCCUGGACUUAGAGCAUUACAUGGGUAAGUUGCUUUGCCUCUGUAUCUGACUUAGCAAGGAAUGUGAAGAAUGUUGUAUUACCAUAACAAUUUAUGUCUUAUAUUGCAUUUGUUGUUGUAUCAAUAUUGUGUUGGUAAACCUUUUAAAGGAUGACUUCAUGCCUUAGAAAUGUUUGAUGUAUCCUAAUGUUUAGCAUUAGGUUACAUGAAAAAUAUUCUGAAGUUUCCUUUCCCAAAUUCAGAUCCCAUGAUUUAUAUUUUUGACUAAAAAUUCUAAGCCCAGCUAGACAUAAUUAGAGGAGAGCUCUUUUCUUUUUCUCUUCCAUUAACAUUGCAAGACCUGAUAUAAAUGCUUUUUAACAUUUUCUGUCUUCUCUCACAUAUAGGGUGAAUAUCUUACUGUUGUCACUUCCCUUCUGUCAGCUCUCUGUUGUUUUAGAUGUCCUUGUUAUGAAGGUGGUAGUUUUUGUAGUCACAAAGAGAUAAGUUCCCUUAGUCAAAAGUAUUUGCACCCUACAAUAGGUCUGCCCAGACCUCUCUGGGGCUGCAGAGGGGAUCAGUGCUCUGUACCCUGUCCAAACGAGUCUCACCACUCUGAGUUCACAGACUGUGUCAGUACCUCUGAUGGGGCAUCUGCAUGUGAACAAGGCAGGUGCUCUAACACACAGCAAGCUUGGGCAGCUCUACUAAUUUAGGGCUUAGCUACAGAAAUUUUUAAUAAGUCAGAUGAAGAGGGGGUAUUUUUUGUAUGGCAGGUAUUUCAGCAAAACCCUGUCCUUGAGUAGGUUUAAGAGAGAGCUUAGUCUCUUCUGAUUUUCUGCUAUUCCUCUGCCCUUAGGCACUCCAGAACAUCCCAUCCUGCCUGUGACUCACACCAAAUAUCCAGCUGUCAUCUUAACUCAUGCCUCUGUUGAGCUCUUCAUGCUCUGAUUACUUUGUUAGAGGCUCUUUUCUGCAUAGGAUCUUCCACACUCGAAAACCUUUCUUCAGGUAACCCCACAGCUGGAGCACAGCUCCUGUCCUGGGAGUGCAGAGCUGUGAAGUUCACAGGACCUGCUGAGUGACCAGGACAUAGACCUGGUCUCACACACCUGCCUUCUGGGCCAUGGUUUGAAACCCCUCUGGGGUCCAGUGUUCAGAACCAGCACCGGGAUCAGGCUUUGUAUGCUGGGGAUGGAGAUUGUCUUGUCUGUCCUAUGCCAAAUCCUAUUUACUCAAUUCAGCCUUGGGUCUGGCAGCAUGUGAUUUGAAAUGAACUUGUGUAAGCAUACUGGGUUCCUCUAUGAAACAGUGCAAUUACAUUUCAACAUUGCUUUACAGUCGGAAUGUGAGCAACGUUUUGAUAAGCCAACACACUUCAGGAAUGUAGACCUCCUCCAUGUAAAUAAAUGGACAAACUCCCUGACACCUCCCUGUUGUGUUUUAUAGUCAUCUGCUACAAGUACUGGAUGUUUUGUUAGUUUCUAUGUGCCUCCAUGAAUUAUGAAUGGUCAUAGAAGAAAAAGUAGAAAAAGGCAGUAUAGAGUUGUGAUUCAAGACCAAAAGAAAGCUCCAAUAUUAAUGCAGCAGCUUUUCUCCUUGUAACUUUAGCUUCUGUUUCUUUCAGAAAUAUUUAGCAGGAUGCAUUGAAUAAAGUAUGACCAUCCCUCUUUACUAAAGCCAACCACCAGCUACGAAGGAGCAGGAACGGCAAAAGGCCUGAGCACACAGGAACUUCUCUGUCUGCCUGAGAGCACCUGAUGCCCUUGAGUCACAAACUGUCCAGCACAGAGACAUCUCACCCUCUUACCUGGACAGGAAGGCCUGGGAGACCACUGACUGCAGGAUUCUACCAAGGUCGUGAUGCCAGAGGGAUCCACGGAAGAGCUCCACAGCAGCCAAGCCUGUGAGAGCCAAGUGCCCGAGCCUGCUGGGCUGCUGGCUCCCAGGAGCAGCAGGACAAUGGUGACAGGAGGCGGAGGCUACCUGGGAUACAAUCUGGGAUGUGCCCUUGUUAGCUCGGGAAUUGCUGUUGUGCUGUUUGAUGUUCGGAAGCCUAAAUGGGAAAUUCCAAGCGGAGCGGAUUUUUUCAAGGGUGAUGUGAGGGAUUAUGAAGCAGUGUUCAAAGCAUGUGAAGGGGUUGACUGUGUUUUCCAUGUAGCUGCAUGUGGAAUGUCAGGAUUGGAACAACUUCAAAAGAAAGAUCAGAUUGAAUCCAUAAAUGUUGGAGGCACAAAAAUUAUAAUUGAUGUCUGCAAACAAAGAAAUAUCCCUAGACUGAUAUAUACCAGUACAGUGAAUGUGGUGUUUGGAGGGAAUCCUAUUGAAGAAGGAGAUGAAGAAACUGUACCAUAUUUUCCACUGGAAAAGCAAUUUAAUCAUUAUUCCAGAACCAAGGCAAUUGCAGACCAAAUGGUUCUUGCUGCUAAUGGAACUUUACUCAAAGGAGGGGACAAGCUCCACACGUGUGUGCUUCGCCCGCCGGGCAUCUACGGACCAGAAGAACAGCGGCACCUGCCUCGAGUAGCCAUAAAUAUCCAGCGGAGACUUUUUAACUUCAAGUUUGGGAAUCACAAAGUUCAGAUGAACUGGGUUCACAUAGGAAAUCUAGUGCAAGCUCAUUUACUGGCUGCUGAGGCUCUCACCUCUGAGAAGGGCUAUGUAGCUAGUGGUCAGGCUUAUUACAUCCAUGAUGGUGAGAAUGUCAUCUUCUCUGAGUGGAUUGUGCCUUUGUUUGAAAAAUUAGGUUACAGGAAACCUUGGAUACAUAUUCCUGUUCUCCUGGCUCAUAUAGCAGCCACUGUGAUGGAAUAUCUGCACCUGAUACUAAAGCCAGUUUUUAGCUUCACACCUUUCUUGACAAGGAAUGAGGUGUGGAAUGUCACUGUAACUCACACUUUCCGAAUAGACAAGGCACGAAACCAACUCGGUUACAAACCAAAGAAAUUCUCGUUUGCUGAUUCUGUGGAUCAUUAUCUAAAAACAAGACCUACCUGCCAAGAAGAUCACAUGUUCCUUAAAAUGGUGUUUGUUUUUGGCAUUUUGUUAAGUUUGAUCAUUCUUUCUUUCUUCUAAAAUCAAAUAGCCACUCACCUGUUCCAGAAAACCUCAUUUUGUUUCUGAGUAUUAAUUAUCUGGUCAUAGUACAUUCCUCAGCCACUCUGGGCUUUGUUACUCAUAUUACUAUGAUGACACCUCUCUGACCUCAUUAAGAAAGAAAAAAAAACUCAAAGAAAAACAACUAGAAAAGUGAAAACAUAGGAUGUAUCAGGAAAUGUUCCCCAAGAGCAACACAGUGUUACAGUAAAGGAAUUCCCCACAAAUGGGUGCAGGAAUAGUUUUAAUGGAUCUCCAUUAAGUGAUUUUUUUCCUGCUGGGAAGCAUUUUCUAAAAAUGAUAAUUUUGGAGGGUGAGAAGGUGGAAGAAGAGGAAGUGUCACAGGACAGCAAUGCUGUAACAAGUUCAGCAGCUCCAGUGAAGGAAAUGGUGACUAAACAACUCUUCUGAUGAAGCCAUGGCUACAGCUACUGUCAGUUAGCCUGAAGAAUUACAGAGACCUGGGAAACAGUGCAAAAAAAUAUGAAAAGUAAAUAUUUAUAAAUAAUAGGUGAUUUAGAGGAAUGAAAAUCAUAUUUAUGUAAAAUAGUUUUAUUGUUCUAAAACUUUGUAAAAAUGUAAUAAAUAUAAUUAUGUGUGUUUGUAAAUCAAAUAAUAUCCUUUCAAUGCAAUAAUAAAUAAUAACUGAACCAAAUACUGUUUUUAAGGAGCUUGUGGGAAGGUGGAAUUCAGCCAG